GAGGCGCAUCUUGAACAUAUGCAUUAUAUGAUUAAAUCCACUCCACAAUCAUAAUCACAUCCCUCAUUAUGACGUUUGUGACAGUUUGUUGAUCACAUUCAAUUUAUACAUGCAAUUCACACAGUGAUAACAGCUGAUUUUAAAACCAGGAAAUUGAAAUAAAUUUUAUACACACGUUGCACUGUAUAUAAUACUAAACAUUUUUAUAUUGUUAUUUGUAUAUAUAAUAAUUAAAUAGAAUUUAAUAACAAAAUAGCACAAAUAUGUUGAAGCCAAAAGCUCUCACGCAGGUGUUAAGUCAAGCUAAUACUGGGGGCGUGGAGAAUACUUUAUUACUUAACAGAGAUGGAGGAUUACUAGCAUACAGUGGUUACGGAGAUAAAGAUGCUAGAGUUACAGCUGCUAUUACAAGUAAUAUUUGGACAGCUUAUGAAAAGAAUGGAAGAAACGCCUUCAAGGAAGAUGAAUUACAUUAUGUUCUAAUGGAUUGCAUGGAAGGAAAAGUAGUUAUUACAGAAGUAGCUAACUUGCUCUUAUGUUUAUAUGCAAAAGAAAAUGUAGGAUUUGGAUUGUUACGAGAAAAAGCACAGGCAUUGGCUAUGUAUCUUGAUCAACCCUUAAAAACAAUAGCAAAUAUGCCUUGAGAUUUGUUUUUAGGAAUUUAUCUGGAGAUAUUGUGCUCAAAUUUAUCCUUCUAUGCUUUUUAUUUAUUGUUUGUGAGAACUUAUAAUUGUAUCUCACUACACUAUGUAUAAAUGUAUAAAUAUAUUUUUUAUUGAUUUGGAAUUAAUGUAUGUAUAUAUUCCCAUUUUCAAUAUUUACAUUUGUACCAUUCUAAAAAUGCAAUGCUAUAGAUAUUACAUACACAGAAAAGAAGUGAAAAUAGGAGCAAGAACCGCUUAACUUUAAUAGUACAAUAAAUCUUUUAUUUCGUACAAGUUACAAUUAAUACAAACAAUUUGCAUUUAAUUUCAUCUCACUUUACAAAUCACACGCUAUAUAAGGUCUACUUAAUGUAAGCUCACCUAUCAAUAAUGUAAUGUCGCAACAGUUGCCGUAAAUAAUUCUAUUUAUAAUGUAAAAUGGUUUACUGUAAUUUAAUUUAUAUAAUUUAUCGAGUUAUAUAUAUAAGAUUGUGACUGCAUUAGCGAAAAAUAAUUAACAAUGUUUAAUAUCUAUAUUUUUUUUUGUUUGUUACUUAUAUUGUGAAUUGCACUACACUAGAGAAUUAUUGCAUAUAGAAAGUUGUAAAGUUCUAUAUCUUUAUUAUACCAGAAUUGUCUUAUAUUUUAAAUUACUAUUAAAUAAAUUUUUUGAUUUUGUUAUAAUACAUCUGUAUACAUACAAUGAUAUACAUAGAAUGGAGAUGUUUGUAUGUAUAAAAAUGUGUGUGAAAUCUGUUUUAGUAAAAUAUUUUUAAUUUAGAAUAUGUAUAUGUGUGUAUAAUAUAAUUGUGUAUAAUAUAAUAACUUGUGUGUUUCAAACGAAUUCAAUACAUUAGGUGUGGAGUAAAAUUAAAUUUAGAAUUAAUUAAAGUACUUGCAAAUUUUUGUUGUAAUUAUUCGUACCAGAUGUAUUUAACAAUAGAGAGUUCUCAAAUCAACAUAACUUGAAACAUGGAAAAUAAUCAUACCAUAGGGUGCAAAUAUUUGUAUAUAUGUAUACAAUAACUUUUUACACCUUUAUCCUUAAUAGUCUAGGGCUUAUCAUUUUAUAAUAAUUUUAGUCUCCAAUAUAACUACUACCUUUUGUUCCCUAACGCCAAACACUGAAUAAUCACACAAUAAAUUUAUCUAUCAUUAUAAAUCUCUCUAUCUAUAUGAAAGUACAAACUUUAUAUGAGUAAAGAGGGGCGUAUCUUCGCAUGUGUAAUAUAAUAAUAAUGAAUAUUAAUACCGACUAAAAGUUCAUGAUUAAAUAUAGGAAUUUGAGCUAGAAAAUAAUGCCUUAUAUUAGCCUAAAAAACACUGUACAUAGUGUGCGAGAUUAACAAUAUUGGUCCUAAAAUUCCUGAAAUUUCAUAGUAUCAAAUUAAUUCUUACCAGCCAAUUUGUAACAUCUUGUUAUGUAUCUUACUGUUUGUAUAAAUAUUUGAUACUUGAUAUAGUUAUAGCGGAGUUUGUUUUUUUUUUUGUCUGUAUUGAAACAAUUAAUAGCAAAUAUUGUUGAACUGUGUAUUCUCUUAUAUAAUAUCCAUGAAAAAAAAUAUUGUAUAUGUGUGUGAGAUAAUAAUUUCGCACAUGUAUUAUAAUACUAAUGGCAUCUAUAAAAGCCGAUAUUACGUAUGUUCUUCCAUUCAACAUGUUUAAAUAUGAUUUUAUAUAUAUGUUAUAUCUAUAGGACACUUUCUUAAUAGGCCUUCGAUAAUUGACAACCUACAUCUGUUGCAAAUAUUAUUUAUUACGGAUGUAGGGAAUCAUAUCGCAACUGUGCAAAUAUUUAUGAAAAAAAAAAAA